CUACUGCUGGGGCACUGCUCCCGGGGCAGGUCAUGAACGGGCCGGCGGACGGCGAAGUGGACUACAAGAAGAAGUACCGGAACCUGAAGCGGAAGCUCAAGUUCCUCAUCUACGAACACGAGUGCUUCCAGGAGGAACUGAGGAAGGCGCAGAGGAAGUUGCUGAAGGUGUCCCGGGAUAAGAGUUUCCUCCUAGACCGACUUCUGCAGUACGAGAACGUGGAUGAAGAUUCUUCUGACUCAGAUGCCACUGCAUCUUCAGAUAACAGCGAGACAGAGGGAACACCCAAGUUGUCGGACACGCCAGCCCCCAAGAGCCCCCUCCCCUGUCCUUUCUCCAGGAAGAGAAGCCCUCCACUGGGGGGUGUCCCCUCCCCCUCCAGCCUCUCCCUGCCUCCUUCAACAGGGUUUCCCCUUCAGGCCUCGGGGGCCCCCUCCCCAUACCUGAGCUCGCUGGCUUCCCCCCCCUACCCCCCAUUCCCUUCCGACUACCUGGCCCUGCAGCUGCCCGAGCCCAGCCCCCUGAGGCCCAAGCGGGAGAAACGGCCCCGCCUGCCCCGGAAACUCAAGGCUGAGCAGGAGUGGAAGGAAGACGAGAGACAUGGUGAGAAUAUUGUUUGGGCUGACGCAGGAGUGAGAAGAGAGAAGGACGUCGGAAGGAAAGACAGGGUGAGGUGGGGCCGCAGAAGGCCUGGGUAUCCAGAGCCAGGAUGUCCUGUUAAGGGGUGGGGGUCACUGAACUUUCUGGUGACUUCGUCUGAGGAGACAAGAGACAGGCACAAAGACAGGAACAGGUCAGUUAGGAGCCUGGGCCUCAGUCAGACAGAGUGGGUUUGAGUCCCAGGUCCUCCAAGCACCCACCUUGUGACAUUGAGCAAGUCAUUUGCCCCUCUGAGCCUCGACUUUCUUCUCUGUUCAGUGGGGUUAGUGUAGGAUAAAAUGAGUUAAAGAAGAGAAAACACAUAGCCCAGUGCGUGGUCCCUGGUAAGCUGUGGGUAAACAGGAGUGCUCUCGGUCACACAGAGGCAGCCAUUGAGUAAGGCCAGGCAGGUGUGGGCUGUGGGGACGAGGGUGGGGAUCCAGUGGUGGCAGCCAGAGGAGGGAGGCUUCCUCGUGGAGCUGGGCCUCCUGUCUAUCACUGGUCCCAGCAGACUCUUGUACCUGGAGGCACCGACCAGGAGGUAAAAGCCACCGCCACCCCAAGGACAGCAGCCUGAGGGCUGAAGGUGUGAAAGCAAUCCCAGGGACCACCGUAAAGACACAUAUAAGCGCUUCCUGC